UUGUUAAGUAUCCGACGGUCGGUGCGGGAAGUGGUGGAAGGAGUGCCAAACCUCGAGAGUCUUAAUCUAAUCGGUUGUUAUAAUCUGACGGACGAGUGGCUGACCAGUGCUCUCACGAAACCGAAGGACAGUUUAGUUGAGCUCAACCUAAGUAUGUGUAAACCAAUCACCGACCACUCGCUGGAACGGAUCGGUGACUAUCUGAAGAAUGUGGAGACACUGGACCUGAGCGGGUGCUCGAACAUCACCAACACGGGGCUCCUGGAGCUGUCGAUGGAGCUGAAGCGGCUGAAGUACCUGAACCUCCGGAGCUGUCGACACGUGUCGGAUGUGGGCAUCGGUCACAUCGCGGGCACCACUCAGGAGACAGGUCUGGUGGGCGCGGGACUGUUCACUCUGGAGUUUUUGGGUCUUCAGGACUGCCAGAAGAUCAGCGACGACUCCCUCCGUCACAUCGCCGCCAAACUCAAUCACUUGCGGGCAAUAAACUUGAGCUUCUGUUCCUCGAUCACAGACUUCGGACUCAAACACUUGUCCUCAAUGUCUAACUUACGUGAAAUCAAUUUGAGGAGUUGUGACAACAUUACCGACCAAGGGUUGGGACACCUGUCCGACGGCACGGUCCGCAACCUACAGGUGCUAGACGUCAGUUUCAGCAGUGAUAAGAUCGGUGACCAGGGAUUAGUGCACAUCUCCCAGAAACUGGUUCACCUCCGCAGCCUUAGUCUGAACGCGUGUUCCGGUGUGACGGACGAGGGGCUGACCAAGAUCUCGCGGACACUACUGGGCCUCCAAGUGCUCAAUUUGGGCCAAUGCAACAAAAUCACCGACAAAGGCCUGUGCGCUAUUGGCCAGCAUUUAGUCAAUUUAACAAACAUUGAUCUCUACGGGUGUUCACUGAUCAGUACAGUGGGUCUCGAGAAGAUCCAUCAGUUACCACAUCUCAAUCAUCUCAAUCUCAAACUCUGGCAAAAGGAUCAACAGAUCACCAAUCAGUCGACCAAUCAGUGCUAA